UACCUACUACCGGCUAACAAUCUAAAAUACUAGGUUCAAAAAAUAAAUUCCCAAAGUCAAGUCGUGUGGGCUGUGCAAAAGUAUUCUUAUAAGUGAACCCACCAAUAGUGCUCUGUAUUUCACAUCAUCUUCCCUGUUGUUGUUGUUGUUGGUUUCUUCCAAUCUCUAAAAUGAAUCCUAACACUUCUCCACCUGAGGGGAAAUGGACCACCGGUAUAUGUGGUUGUUUUGGUGAUGUGACCAACUGCUGUGUUACCUUAUGGUGUCCCUGCAUUACCUUUGGCCGCAAUGCUGAGAUACUUGACAAGAAACCAAGUUCUUGUUUUACCGCGGCCCGAAACUGUUUCAUGCUUGUCUAUGCUUUUGGAAUUGGCGCAUGUUUAUACACAUGCACAUACCGAGCCAAACUGAGAGCCCUCUAUUCCUUGCCACCAAAGCCGUGCGGGGAUUGCUGUGUCCAUCACUUCUGCUUUUUUUGCGCUCUUUGUCAAGAGUACCGCGAGCUCAAAAACCGUGGAUUAGACCCUGAAGGAGGUUGGGUAGCAGCCGAGGCUAAUGCUAAGAAAUUGAAGGGCAGAACCACAGCACCUCCAGUUCCUUCACCAGGCAUGACUCGUUAGGGCUUGCUUUCAUGGCUGUUCUUCAUUCGUACUAAUGUUUAGUUUGUAAUUUGUUCCUUUGAUGAUACCUCAAGACCUAGUGCAUUUUCUUGUUUUUCUCAAUUUCUUUAGGUUUAAAACAUCUGUGUGUUGUACCCGAAA